CAAAAAUCCAAAUGACCGCAAACAUCGUAAUUCGGUCGACAGAAAGUGUAAUAUGUCCCUGUACACCGGCCUUACUCAUACUCAAAUAAAUGUGUGCCAGAAUUUGAAUCUGCUAACGACGUAACGCGAAAUGUGAAUAUUCCGUUUAACCGGCAUUUCACGAAGCUCCUCCUUCUUGGGUCUUGACUUUGGGUCCUUGGUCAACGUGGGAGACGCGAAAAUGUGAAGUUGUUUUGAACCUGUGUGGAAUUUCUGUCACCGAGACAUGGUCGUCAUUUUAAGUAGUUUAGCAUAACGGCUCUAAGAGUUUCAGUGGAAUUUGUCUUACCAUGAUGCCAGGAGACAACCAGUCCAAAACGGUCGCAGUUGGCGCGGACGCCACGGUUGGAAACUGUCAGAACUGCUGUGUUUUGCACCAGAGCCUGACCGAAUAUGUGUCGUCAUUUCUGGCUCUGAAACAGAAGAUAACGGUUUCAGAUGACACAAUCAGGCUUCAGCAACAGCUGGAAGAGCUGCAGAUCCAUUUGGUUACUCUGGAGAAAAAGACAGCGGAUUAUGAAUCUUUGCAAGCCAAACUUGAAGAAAAGAAGAGUGCACUUAAGGACUAUGGACAGAUGUCUGUAGAGAUGGAAAAAAUGAAGCAGGAGAACUGCAAGACAAUGGCAGAGAAAAAGAAGCUUGAGGACCAGCUAAAGGAUGUAAAAGAACUGAUGGAAACACAGUCACUUGAAAGUGCACAGCUGAAGAGGGAAAAGGCCGUAGUAGAAAAUGAUUUGCUAAAAACACAGACUUCCUUGAGGAAAUCUGAGGCACAAACAAAUCAAGUUGAAAAAUUGAUAGAGGAGAAUGCCAAGACAACAAGCAUAAAGGACAACCUUGCAAAUAAAGUGAGACAGCUUGAAGAAUCAGUCUCCAAACAGAAUCAUCAAAUAUCCCAACUGACCAAAGAGAAGACCCUGCUGGAGAGAAACAUUGAUGACCUGCAGGUAAGGCUGAUGAAACUGGAGAGAGAAAGGAAUAAAGAACAUCGGAGCACAUCGACUCAAGCAAGAGCACCUGAAGAGCCUAAAGUUGACAAAGAAAAAUUCCGGAAUCUGCUGGAGAAUUUGUGGGCAUGUGUGGAACCUCAACAGCAGCAGUUAGCAAACCUUUUGCACAUACCUGAGUCCAAUUCCAGCUCCAAUUCCAAGGAAGUUAUGUCCUCUCCACGAAACAGACUCUCUCAUCUGACUAACUCACCUCAGUCUGCAUCUCACAGGAGGAGUGAAUCCCAAAAUUGCCAGAUACAGACUAAAGCCACUUAUACACAGUUAAAAUCCUCUCCUCGUGCGCAGAAAACCAUCAAGCAACAAGCAUCUCCACAUUUAACAAGUAGCAAGAAGCAAACAGACACUCCUACAAAGGGCAAGCGAUUAUCCAAGCAACACAAAACUGAGGAGUCAUCUACCGGCAUGGACAGCCCCGACAUACCUCUUGAGGAGAUAAUGAAAUUGUUCAAGCCAAUUCUUCCAUGCAUAUCACCACUACCAGAUUUGGACCCAGGGAUGGAGUCUAUGGAGACAGAGGAUAGGGAAAAGGAAACCCCUUCCAAACCUUCUGCUGACUCUCUUCCUCCCCAACAAGAGGAGUCCUUACUCAUCACAACAUCAAGCCAUUGCCUAAAAUCUUCCUCAUUGCCAGCAAAGGAAAAUGUAUCGCCAGUGGUCACAACACAGGGAAUGGAACAGAGUUCCAAUGAAAAUGACUCCAAAGACUUGAGAAAAAAUGAGUUGAGUGUCAUUACUGAUGCUGAUAACAACUUAAUGAAGGACAAAGUACACUGUACAGAUGGUGAAGAAAUGCAUCUUCAAAAAGACAUGCAGACUGAGAAGGAGCCAGCAACUGUGCAAUUAGUAUCCACAUCAUCAUCAUCUUCUUCUUCCACAUCAGACAUAGCAAUUUUGGUUGAGGUUGCCUCAUUAAGUGCUGGAGCGCGGGAGCCAAGCUGCAGUGUGCAUCCCAGUAGUAGCACCAAUGAAGAUUCAGAAAAAGUAUUGCUGGAACACGCUCAGGGAGAGGCGAGCAAAGAUCAGUCGGCAAGUAUUGCAACAACAGAUGUAGACACAACCUCUGGUGAUGUCACUGGUGCCAAAAUAAUCACCCCUGAUGGAGGAGAAUCACCCAGAACAAGUCAUAACACUGAAGUCGCUGAAGAUGCAUUAGAUGUGCAGCCAGUUACUUCCUCAAAACUCACUGGCUCUGUGCAGGACAGCGAGGUUACAAAUAAUGAAAAUGGCUCAGAACAAGGAAAAACUAACCAGGACUCAAGUGGUUUAGAACUGGGAAGUCAUGAUGCCGCAGACUUGAGGCCCCAGGAGAAGGAAGGGUCUCUUGUUGAGGACUCGGAAAUAUCUGCCUGUUUGUCAAGCAGUGACAAUAUCAGUAGUAUCUCCAAUAAGAAACUUGAAGAGAGAAAUGAAAAUGAUGCAUCCAUAAAUGCUGUCAGGGAGGAAAAUGAGAAUGAAGCACAAAGAACCGAUGCAGUCAAUGUAACCGCUUCUCCCUCAGAUUCAAAUGGUGGCAUCAGACCUCCAUCACCUCAUAAAUCUCCAGUGUUGAGGAAGGAUGAUGUGCAUGAGGCCCAUGCUGACCAGGAUUCUGGUCAUGUAAAUGAUGAGACAUCUUUAAUAAAGGAUGUUCACACAGAGACAUUGAGCAGUGAAAUAAUAGCUGAUCAUGGGCCUUCUCCUUCUGACACAAAGACUGUUAACUGUGAAUCUUUGGAAGAAAACGUACAUUCUCUAUGCAGGCAGUUGAGUCCAUCAUGUUUGUUACCCACUGUCAACCUGCAGGCUUUGGAAACUCACCCAAACCCAGAAAAAGUUGACAUAAACGGUGAACACCUUUCAACAAACCAAAAAACUCCACAGCCUGUUCACACUUUAGAAGAAGAUAGUGUUGUAGAAAAGGCUAUUGUCAAAGAGUUGCCUCAGGACAAAAUAGAUACAAGUGACAAGACAGUGAACAAAUCUUCUGUUGGACAAACUGUUAGUCAUACCACCUCAUUAAAACAGAGCGCUGCUACCACAAAUGGACAAGAUAAAUGUUUGGAGUCAUUUACGGAAGGGCUUGAAAAACAAAGCCAUAUGAUCAAAGAAGGAGUCUCCCCAGCUGGCCCAGUGGCAUCUGCAGAAACAGCUAAACCAUCAGAUUCCAUAGGCCAACUUCGAUCUGAAAUGGGCCCUCCACUCCCUCCUCUCCUAACCCCUCUGAGCACACCUCCAAAGCAGGGCAAAACGAUCAAUCCAAGGCAGGCUAUUGGGAAGCUUUUAUUUCCCUCUCCCAUGGACAGAUUGGCUUCUCCUACCACUCCUGUCCAGACCCACUCAACACCCAACAGUCAUCAAGUGAGUUCCUCAACCCUCAACAGUCCACUCCCUCCAAGCGGAGUCCCCUCAUCACCCCUUCAGUUCGGCUCUGCCACCCCGAAACACGCCGUGCCGGUCCCAGGUCGCCUGCCUCUGACAGCAAUAAAUUCCUCCCCUUCCUCUGCCUCCAGUCCGUCUCAGGAAAACUCCAUGAGGAUACUUGACACCAUGUACCCAGAGCUUUCUGCCCGCGCCCGAACUCUGAGCAUUCUCAGAGGAAACGUCAGUCUCAGCAUUUGUUCUUCAGAGAGCGGGACAUUAACUACAGCAACCGACAGCCAGAUGUCCGGUUUUAAAACUAUCAAUUCCGCUUCAACGGCCUUCACCAAGACUGAGACGAGAGGAGAAAAAAGACAUGCCAUCAAUUUGCCUCAACUGAAAAACAGCAAAUGUCUCAGGCUGGAUAACUGCUCUCCUGUUGUCAGUCGCAAGCAGGUGCCUUCCUCCUCUUCAAACAGCGGAGAUGAGACCGCCUCACCCCAGACUUUGAGGCUCGGACUGCUCAAAAAUGAGACAACUUGUCCAUCCAUGGAAGGUGGAGAACCCACAGAGCAAAAUCUAAUAGUCGGCUUUUUAAAGAAAAUUGAAAACCAGGUCUUUGAUCUGUUGCCUGUAAUCCAGAGCCACCUGUAUGUCGGGAACCUGCCCAAAAAGCCUGUCUUAAGAGAUGAGGAGAAGGAGGUCAUCUCUGAGAUUUGUCAAAGCAGCGUGAUCAAGGCAGAUGAUAUGACUUUGGCCAUCCUGAACAAGCUAAAAGCAGAGAAAAGAGACCUCAGCCAAAACUACAUGCAGGCCCUCUGUAGAGUCUACACAGGGAUCUGUCGACAGAACAAAGACUGGGAGAAGGCUCAUGUCCUGGCUUACAGCAUUCUUGCAGAAGAUUUCCCAGAUUGUGCUAAACUGAUUUUGUUUAUGGUGACAACAUGGCCCACUGUGCUCUCCAGCAGAAGUUCUCUGUGCCAGGCAGUACAUGCUGCUACCAAACAGAAAGCUCAGGAAGAUCUCUUCAGCUGCCUUUCAGCGUUCCUCGGUUGGGAGAAGAACCCUCCCUGUGACAUCGACCAGCUGAUCUCCAGAACAAUGUCUAAGAUCCGGUCAGGGUCGGGGCUGUCUUUCACAAAACACAGUCGGUAUGGGGAUGACCUUGGGACUGAAGCUUGGGAACAUGUCUUCACACUGCACCUCCUCUGUACACAAAAGACAUGGAAGUGGACCUAUGAAAAUUUGCUAGGCAAAGAGUUGUGGCCAUUAAUGAACACAUGGGUGACGCAGUCAAGAGACCAACAAGCCCCCGUCUCUGAUGUGACUGUCGCCACCGUCCUCCGGCUCAUAGGACGUCUUGGUCAACUGGGAAUCAAAGAGAGGUGUUUUUCCUCUGUGGUAACUGUUGCCAACGUCAUCAACACAUUCGGUAGACACGGACAGAGUGAAGGAGUGCCAUGGGAGGUCCAGUUAGCAGCUGUGUACUGCAUCUAUGAACUGUCUCCCUGCAACCCCAAACAAGCACUGAACGCACUUGCAGGGUGGAGAGAAGAAACGUCUCAGAGCGUCCCAUCUGCUGUCACCAGCUGCAUUAACCAGUUAGCUUCUGUCUGCAGACAGGUCAAGAGCUGAGAGAGACGCACAUGCCGUACACAUACAUAUGGACGUCAAGAUUCCGGUCUGUAGCUGUUUUAAAGACUAAAUGAAUGUCACUGUAAAUGUAAAUGUAAAUCUACCUAAAAAUUCAUAUUAUAUACAAGCUGUUUACCAUUUGGCCAUAAUUUGAGAACACUGAUGGGUCAAAGACAGUUUCAGACUCCUUAAACUGUUGCCUUUUUGUUUUUCAUGUGCACUUCUACUCUAUAUUGAACAUGUAAAUGUCAUGUAUGUUCAUUCUAAUUUGUAUCAAAUGUUUCCUCAGUUUUUAUUCUUUAAGGCAUGAGAAUUUGGUCUCCUAAAACUUUUAACUGUCCACACCCUGUAAUAAAUAUCCUGACCCACUGCCAUUAUGCUGUACUCAGGUAAUGCUCUAAAAUAUUGUAAAACAUGUACAUGUGUGUUCUGGUUUAGCUGUGGUGCUGCUGUAAAUGUUACCUUAUUCACUUUUUGUAAAUAUGAGUUGUCCGUGUUUGCAAAAUAAGAAUGCCACAGUAAAUGUUUGUACAGUUUGAGUUUCAGAGGUUAUUUAAUUUUUCAAAUUAAAAAUUAUACAUAUUGAACCAAA